CCUCAGUCAGCACUGCAUAGCGUUCCCUAUGCUGCAUGUGGUGCGUGUCUUGGCCGUAUUUCUUGUGCCGGCCGGAGCCAACAAUGAGGCUACUGGUAGGCCAUUUGAUCAUGGCACGCACGAGCAGAUGUGGGACAGACAGCUGCAAGUUGCCACCGGGCAGGAUAAGGAGAACGAGAAAAGGGAAGUCGAGCGGGAGGAGUUUGGCCAUGAAGGGCAAGGAGUGGCCUACACCCUGCUGGGCAUAUCUGCCUUCGCCAUGAUGACUGUGUACCUUGUGCACUGGAAUGAUGACGAUGUGAGGCGCUACGCCUGGGAGGUCCUUAGUAUCGCUAUUUCCACAUUCACCUCUCUGUUUGGCUUCCGAAAUAUCCAGACGUGGCUAUCUUAUAUGCUCGAGCUUGAAGCAGACAGCGGAGCAACGUGUGUUCUCGCGUAUUUGUUGUUCUUGAUAUGGUUCGGGCUUUUGCACGCCGUCAUAGGCUUCUCCGCAGGCCUGCUGUGUUCCAACAUAGACGAGAGCGAGCUGGAAUUCGAAGAUUGGGUGGUGGAAGACAGCUUGCUCACGGCUGACAAGGAACUGGUAGACCCAGACCGUAUUGUUUUCAAGAGAUGGGGACGGGCAAUCGCCACAGAUUACGACGGCUUCCCGAUCUUUUGCAGGCACCGUAAUUUGGCGAUGGAACUUAUUGAGGGGCGCUUACGCAGCUGGGCAGUUUUCAUGUCGCACAUGACUGCCUUCGCCGCCAGCAAUGCUGGGGUCAAGCUCUUGCACCUGCCGUUCUUCCGCGACAAUGCGGCGUGCAGCCUGCCCGCUUCCCUAGGAAAUGGCGAGCAGCUUUUGGCCGCGCUCCGCGGCCGGCUUGCAGUGGUGCUUCACCUGUUGCUGGAGUUCCUCCUUUUCCGCACGGUGGAGAUACUCUCAUGCAGGGGCAAGCCGGACAAAAUGGUCGACGUCUUCUUUGAUGCCUGUGAUGAUGUUGAGCUGGACGUACUUGGCCUGUCAGCUUCCUAUUUGCUUUCGUUUGUCUUCGCCUUUGCAAUUACUGGGUCUCAAAGCAACUUUGAAUUUUAUCAGCGGCCAUCGACAAUAUCGCUGACCACAGCCUUCGAGAUAUUCGUGAUCGGCCUUGCAUUCCUUGCACUUUCUACUGCACUUGUGGUGAUGUGGAAGGGGCGCCCGAACGAGCCGAUGUGGCGGACGAAGGUCCGAGAGCUGCUACAAUCAGCCCUCGCUUUGGUGUUCUCAUGGUGCACCCUACAUGCAAUUCGAUGGACAACCGUCGACUUGUGCAAGAAACACGUCAUCAGCCUGCUGCCAGCUUCAUUGGUGGUGCUGAUUUGCUGUGCUCUAACCACCUCCACUGUAGCCUUUGCUGUGAUACUUCCCUUGGACAAGAUUCAGGAUUGUGUCCGCCAUGCUGGAGGUUCUGGUAGAAUCUUCAAGCAGGUGAUCAUCGCUCUGGGGGUGAUUGUGGGCGUUUCGUGGGAGCCCAUAUUCGACAUGGCUGUCAAAGUGGCGGCCCAUGAGCAUGCCUGGCCAGAGCAGACGCGUUUGAUCCUCUCAAUGGCUCUCGUCUUCAUAUUGCUUCCGGCAUGGAGAAGGUUUGUCCUGUCGAAGCAGCUGGGCUAUGCAGCGCUGCGAACGGAGCGGAGAAGCAAGACAUUUCUACUGAAGGAUCAGGAUGUGGUGAUGGCCGAGCCGCGCUAGCUCCACACUUCCACGCUAGCAGGCGGCAUCCCAAGUAAGGAUGCGCUUUGGGCUUCACGGUAAAGGUCAAAGAUACAAGAUGGCAGAGGGUGCAGCCUUUUGAGAUGAGCCUGUCGGAUUUCCAUAGGUACCAUAGGCGUGCGCAGAAAGGAGUCUCACAGUUCCAGGUGCCAAAGCUUGCACCUCUGAUGGGAUCCACGGAUGAGCUACCGCCCGGCAUGCCCGGCCAAUCACUUGGGAGCGCCACCCGGCAAAUUCAAGGAUCC